GUCCCAGCGCAACAGAUUCUUGCAUUUCACUGAACUCAGAUUCAUCACCGUGUGGAGCUGAAGCCCUAGUGAGCAUGAACCUCAGUCUUCCUGACCAGAACAUGCACAACUCUAGUGAAGGCUGCAUAGAGGACGACAAGCCUGAUGUCAUGCUCCCUUGCUUCCGCAGAAACAUGUAUGACGAGCCUCUGGCCUCAUACUCCAACGGGUCCAUCAUCUCUCAACUCCUCCGCAAGACAAUCCACAGCAAGAGGGCACUAGAUGAAAACCAUUUCUACCUUUCUAGCUCCACUGCCGCUGACUCUGGCCAGGAGGACCAGAGCAGUGUCUCCUCAAAGGACAGCACAGUGGAGGCUGCCUCCCCCAGCGGUCACAUCUCUGCAGGAACCAGCCCGGAUGGAGAGCAUCCCAUGACUGACCACCUGCAGGCCAAGAGGGCCAGGGUGGAGAACAUCAUCAGGGUCAUGGCUGGCUCUCCCAACGGCAAGCAGCAUGGAGACAGUGAGAGGGAGGCAUACAGGGAGAACAAACGCAAACAGAGGUUGCCACAGCAUCAGGAACACAGCGUCGGAGGACCAGCGAGCAGAAGACCUGGAAGCAGCAAUAGUGAGAGCUGUAGCACCAAGGACGAGGAGUGUCACAAGUUGAAAGAGCAGCUCCACAGCAUGCAAAGGCUUCUGCGUCAGCUCCAGGAAAAGUUCCUUCAAGUUUACAACCAGGAUGAUCCUGAGCACAACGACAGAGAUGAGACAGAAAUAGCUGUUGAGCACGACACCCUGGCAGAAAGCACAGAGUCACGCUACAUAAGCGCUGAAGAUGAUUUUGAGAGGAAGAACAGCAGGGUGUCUGCAGAGUGUAAGGACAGAAUGAAAGUAGUUGGUUAUCUGGUGCACCAAAGAGAAAGUCAGAACCUACAGGAAACCCUGAAGCAGGAGCUCUCCCGGGCUGUUAAUGAGUGUGUGGACAGGGUGUUCAAGAAGGUGUCUUCCACAGGGCUGGACCUGUCCCCUCAGCCGUGCAUGUGCUCAUCUCCAGACAUGCAGAUGAGCGUUGGUGCAGACAGGAAGAGCCAGCAGGCCGGCUCCACCCAGGAGCAGCCCCAGUCUGAGGAGGCUGCACUCAAACCCCGCGCUUUGGAGUUCUAUGAAAGCUCUGAGGCUCAAAGCCCACAGGACCAGACGGAGGCACUGUCACUGGUGGUCCGCAAGCCGACAGUGACCCCACUGAGCUCAGUCACCCCAACAGUGAAGAGGCCCUAUCCUGUGCACCAGACACCAUUUCAGUUCAAUUACAGCACGCCUCUGCACGACAGCCAGAUCCUAGAGCACCUUCUCAAGUAUGGGCCACAUUCCAACUUUGGGGGUCUGCCUUGCAUGCCCCCAUCAAUGGACAGGACCUCCCCAGACUCAGUAGACCUGCCCUGGGACACCAUCACCAUGAGGUCCAAGGUGACAUCCAGCCACCUCAGCCACCACCCUCGUCCCUCCACCCUGGGGGCAGUGACGGUCGACAAUCUGUGUCUCCCUCACGUCAAGAUCGAGUGUGGUGAUCUGCAGAGCAUGGCCGAACGAAACCCCUACAUGUCUCUCAACAUCCAGGAGGGUCUCACCCCGAGCCAUCUGAAGAAGGCAAAGCUCAUGUUCUUCUACACCCGCUACCCAAGCUCCAAUGUGCUGAAAACUUUCUUCCCUGAUGUCAAGUUCAACCGCUGCAUCACCUCUCAGCUGAUCAAGUGGUUCAGCAACUUCAGGGAGUUCUACUACAUCCAGAUGGAAAAGUUUGCCCGCCAGGCCAUUGUUGACGGCAUCAGUGAAGUCAAGGACAUUACAGUUAGCAGGGACUCAGAGCUGUUCCGGGCACUGAACAUGCACUACAACAAAGCAAAUGACUUCCAUGUUCCUGACAGAUUCCUGGAGGUUGCUGAAAUCACCUUGCAUGAGUUUUACAAUGCCAUAUCUUCAGCCAAAGAUUCAGACCCCUCAUGGAAAAAGGCCAUAUACAAGGUGAUCUGUAAACUGGACAGCGAUGUCCCGGAAGAGUUCAAGACAUCUUCCUAUUUAUAG